GUAAACGCUGGUGUAGGCUUUGUUGGAGAGAGGAGUGGGAAAGUUUUCGAUUGAUAGUUGGGGCUGAAUGUGGAAAUGUGAAAAAAGAAGUAAAGAAUAAAUACGUUUUCCAUACUGGUACUGGCAGAGCUUUUAAAGAUAACGGUAAUGUAGCGAGUGCAUUGUCAGCGUUGAUUAUUCGUUGGAGAUAA